AGUGGCUAGCAUCUGAAAACGGCACUGAUUGCACAAAUUGAUGUUUGGAGGACGGAUUGACGGAGUGACCUUUGGGAUUACGGUGGAGAGGAAGAGGGCGUGUGUGUGUAACAGCUGCUUGACGGGACAGGUAACUUAUUAACAGAAAGAAAGGAGCAGAGGGUUGGUUCACAACGCCUUGGCCUGCUGCAGAGACAGAGCAUGGAAAUCCAGCUUCACUGUACUCUCACUCUCACUCUCUGACCACCUGAAAGCCAAUACAAAACCUCCUCCCACGUACACACACACUUGGAUAUUGUGCCUCUGUCACACACACCACAAGAGUCCAGGACGCUGUAAACAAGGAGACAGCACGCGCCUGGAUCACAUGCAGACAAUCAGCACUUGGCUGGCUUUGCGGAGGUAGUGGUGGUGGUGGCGGUCGGGAGGUGGGGAGUCACUCCGACCAACACACACACUACAAGCUGUAAACAUGGAGCCCCUGGAGGAAUACCACUCUCCCUUUGACUUUGAACAAGGAGUCAACGCCAGCUACCUCUACCUCUCCCCGGCCUACAGUGACACGCCGCCCAGCUCGCCAGCUGUCAAAAGCAGAGGUUCCCAGCAGCAUCCGGACUCGGCCCCAGAGGUGGGAGAAGACGCAGUGGUGGUUGCCGGCCCCUCUACCCCUCCUCCCGUCAUGACAGAGGAAGAACGGCACGAGCUGCAAGAAGAGUUGGUCAAGGUUGAGGAUGAGAUCCUGACUCUGUCCCAGGUGCUGGCAGCCAAGGAGAAGCAGUUGGCAGACAUUAAGAGGAAGCUGAACAUCACACCGCUCAAUGAGCUGAAACAGAAUUUCACCAAAACCUGGCAGGAUGUCACCACCUCUUCUGCCUAUAGAAGGACAUCGGCAGCGUUCACUAACGUGGGCACAGCCAUCACCCGGAAGCUCGAGGAUGUCAGGAAUGCACCAACUUUCAGGUCAUUUGAGGAGAAAGUGGAGACUUUGAAGAUCAAGAUGAGUCCAUCAGCGUCCACCAGCAGUGACUCUGGCGAGCCGGAAAGCGGCGUCCCCCCCUCCGAUUCUUUGCUCAGUCAGCCUGAUGAAGACUUGCCCACCCAAGAGACGCCAAUGAACUGAGACCUGCCUGACCCCUCCUGACCUCCCACCCGUCCCCCCUCCUCACUUGACCCCUCUAACCCCUGGAUCGUCAACACUCGCCCCCUAAACUCUUGUGUGCCAGUCUCCCUUUAUUGGAAACAAGUGACUUACACACAGCUUGUGAUCUAAUUGUCUGAUCUUUUUUGUCUGUCGCGUGCGCUCACUUGUUAGCCGGUGUGGAAACUGAAAGCAUGGAAUGGGUGCAGGCAUGUGGUCUCGUGUCGAUCGUAUGUGUUUGAGUCUAUUCUGGCUCGCUGUGGGAGAAAUCCUCCCUGCUGUACGACUUUCCUUUCCUCCUUUCCUUUUCCUCCUGUACUCCUUAUUUCUCCGUCUUUGUCUAACCAGCAAAGCUCAGAUGCCAAACAAGCUCCUAGUUUAUUUUUCUCUAUCACAUUAACACUGUUUCAUAUUUUACAUAUUGAGAGUAAAAAAAAUGCACAUAUAUAGAAAUAUUAGGAACAUGAUUAGAGAAGGAUUUAUACUUAAAAAAGUUAAAGUUAUUAUAAUAAGCACUUGUUUUGUCUGCCUCUAUUUUCCGUUUUCUUCGUUAUAUAAAUUUUAGGACACCACGCAAUCAUAAAGUAGUCUAACACUGUGUUCAGAAUAUGAAUGUAUGCCUUUUUGUGUCAUAUAGGUACAACACUUUGUAUACUUUAACCCACAGCACUGAGCUACUGAUACUGUGUGUCCAAAACUGGUAUUUCAAAACACACUUCAGAAUAAAAACCAUCCCUUUUCCCCAUUGUUAAA